CGGACUCACAACUAUCCACUUCGACUACUCCGACCACCUUCAGAUAAACCCCGACUCCGUCACACUCCCUGGCGAUCUCUGUCCAUGCACCAUGGCCACCCCAUCCAUCGAAUCCUCUACCCUUGAUUCCGGACUUCCAACCCAAACCACAUCAGUCGAGGGAACUCCUACAAUGCAAACUGAUACUCAGACAAAAGACCCUGCCGCCCCGCCGUUUCAAGAAAUUACCUUGGAAGGAAACGAGAAACCCGAGUCUCGCGAGAAGCUAGCGCGACUCAAUUAUCUUCUCAAGGCGAGUGGCGUCUACAGUAAGAUCAUUGCUGACAACAUCGAGCGCGAACGCGCCUCCCGUGCUGCAGCCUUGAAGAAACAAGCUGAUCAUUUGAAAAAACAAGAGUCCGAAUCGAAAAAGCAAGACCUGGAAUCAAAAAAGCCCGACCCGACUCAAACCAAGCAAGGCUCCUCUCCCGAUCAAAAGACUGCCGAGCGCCGCUCUUCACGCAGGACAAAAGCUGACUGUCCAGCACCCAAACCAAACCACCCGACGAAGGCCAAGUCUUCUGGAACACAAUCGCGUCGCAAAAAACAAGUGAUCGCCGAUGAGAAUGAAGACGAUACUGAAGCCGAGAUCGUGAAACUUCUGGAAAAUGUCGAACCUGACAAUUCAGAGGCGACCAUCCCAACUGAAAAACAUGACCCUCAAUCCGGCCAACCUGCGCUAAUUACUGGUGCUACGUUACGAUCAUAUCAGCUAGCUGGGAUGCAUUGGCUGGCGACGCUCUACGAAAACGGGUUGAAUGGCAUCCUUGCUGAUGAGAUGGGCCUCGGCAAAACCUUGCAGACGAUUGCAUUCCUAUGUUACCUGCGCGAGCGGGGCGUGUGGGGCCCUUUCCUGAUUGUCUGUCCACUUAGCACCGUCGCAAACUGGGUGAAUGAGUUCGAGCGAUUCUGUCCUACCGUCCCUGUCGUCCUCUAUCAUGGCACCAAAGCCGAGCGGGAAGAAUUACGCUCCAGCCGCAUGGCGCCUCCUCGGGAUGAUCCCAAAGCCUGGUUGGGAAAAGCUGCUGGCUCUUCUAGGCGCCCAAGCUCCAAGGAUAAGCGUGGUGGACGUGCGGCCACGACAAAGUGGACUAAUCAUAAUACCAAAGACACGUUUCCCAUCGUCGUUACGUCGUAUGAAAUCGUGAUGAAUGACUGUCAAUUUCUCAGACAAUAUGCCUGGUCCUACAUCGUUGUCGAUGAAUCACAUCGACUCAAAAAUUUGGAAUGCAAGCUGGUCCAAGAGCUCAAGUCGUAUCAAAGUGCCAACCGUUUGCUUCUCACAGGAACUCCACUACACAACAAUCUCAAAGAAUUGUGGUCUUUGUUGAACUUCAUUUUACCCGAAGUUUUCGACGAUUAUUCGUCUUUCGAACAGUGGUUUGAUUUAUCAUCAGUCACUGCCGCUUCAGACUCUGCUGCUGCAUUGUCAACAGCCCAAGCCCAACACAUCGUGACCAGCCUGCACGCCAUUCUGAAACCCUUUUUACUUCGAAGGGUGAAGAGCGAAGUAGAAACAAACCUGCCAAAGAAGAAAGAGUAUUUGUUAACUGCACCUCUUACGGCUCAACAGAAGGAACUGUAUGAUGCGGUCAUCAAUCGGGAUCUUAGGACUUACCUUGUACACCAAAAGACCCAGGCUGGGUUGUUGAACAAGGCAGAGAACCUCCCAGACCCGGAACUUCGGAAGAAGAGAUCUCGAACGUCUUCGCCCGAACUAGAAAAUGAUACCGAAGUCCAAAAAGUCAAAAGAAGUAGAACAGUCGAGACCCUUGCGGAUGACUGCCCGUCAGAGGAGGAUACUCCCAUUGCCAACUUGGCCAAGGGCCCAAAAGUUCGGAAGCUUGCGCGCCGGGCAGCAGCCACUCGGAAGUCAGUCGGAUACACGGAGAAGUCAGAUAGUCAGUUCUUCAAGGAAGUCGAGGCUGGAGAGUGUGACGAGAUUGACUACACCUGGGAUGAGAGUCGGCCCAAGUCGAAAGCGGACGGGGCCGAGAAUAUCACGCAGGAAGAACAGGUCGGCCUGCUGGCCCAAAAAAGUGUCAACCAAAUGAAGCUCCUCAACAUGGUGAUGCAGUUGCGGAAAGUGUGCAACCACCCUUGGCUGUUUGAUUGGCCAAUCGAUCCUAAGACCGGCGAACAACUCGUCGGGGAGGGCCUAGUUUCUGCUUCAGGCAAAAUGCUUCUACUGGAUAGACUCUUGAAAGGAUUAUUCGAUCGUGGUCACAAAGUGCUCGUAUUCUCUCAAUUCACCAGCAUGUUAGAUAUAAUUCAGGAUUGGGCGACUGAAUUGAAAGGCUGGAGGGUGUCUCGCAUCGAUGGGGUCACUCGCCAGGAAUCACGUCGAGAACAGAUGAAAGAGUUUAACGAAGGGGAGGGCCCUGAUGCCUGUCGUCUGUUCUUGCUUUCCACUCGUGCCGGUGGGGUCGGUAUCAAUUUGGUAGCGGCGGACACGGUCAUUCUAUUUGAUUCAGACUGGAACCCGCAGCAAGACCUCCAAGCACAAGACCGCGUCCAUCGUAUCGGCCAAACGAAGCCGGUACUGGUCUUCAGAUUUGUGAGCGGAAACACGAUCGAAUCGAAGAUGUUGGAGAAAGCUGGCCAGAAGCGCAAACUCGAGACGCUGGUGAUCGGCAACGGUUUCGAUCUGACCCAGAAGGCUGAGGACGACGAUGCUAAUUCGGACGACGACAUCCAAAAUAUCUUGCUCGGCAAACAGAGCAACCGCAGGAAACAGAAGACUAUGAAGGAAUUGGCCGAAGCUCUUUUGAAGACCGAUGGUGAAAGAAUCACACUCAUUGAGCAAGGCGAUCAGAUCUUGGGUGACGAUCAACUGGAUGCUCUCCUGGACAGAAGUGAUGAGGCCAUGGAAAGAAAACUCGGGUGGAAGACAGAAGCCUCGUCGGCCGUGCCCACAGGUGUUGAAGUUUACCAGACGAAAGCACCUGAAUAAUAAAAUAUAGAAUACCUGUAGUGAUUGUAGACACCUUAGAAGUUGAUUGAAUAGUUGUAAACAAAAUAAAUUUUUCCCCUCCACCCAUUUUCCGUCGUUUUUUUCUUCUAAUCAUAGUAUCAUCGACCUUUCGGAACGUUUCGCAAUGGCGAUAUUUGUUCUUUCACUCAGCAAGUAAUAUUGUAAUUAAUUUUUAUAAAGGCGGAAUCUUGGAUAUUAAUUUGGUUGUUUCACAAUACCUAACAUCUGGUUUUUCGAACUCGCAAUUGGAUAGGAAAUAACUUCUUGCAAAGUCAACUGUGCCCUUGCUCUAAGCGAUGGUAUUCAUGUUGUC